UACACGCGGGUUUCUUUAGUUCGUGUAGCUUCGAGUCUCCGGUAAAUCAGCGGUUUUACUCUCACUAACAGUCAUGGCUGCAGCUCCUGUGAGUGGAAGAAAGCGGCUCCUGAAGGAGGAGGACAUGACCAAAGUGGAGUUUGAGACCAGCGAGGAGGUGGAUGUUACACCGACCUUUGAUACGAUGGGGCUUCGGGAGGAUCUGCUUCGGGGGAUCUACGCUUACGGUUUUGAGAAACCAUCAGCUAUCCAGCAAAGAGCCAUCAAGCAAAUCAUAAAGGGCAGAGACGUCAUUGCUCAGUCACAGUCUGGUACUGGUAAAACAGCCACGUUUUGUAUAUCAGUGCUCCAAUGUCUAGACAUUCAGGUGCGUGAGACUCAGGCACUCAUUUUGGCUCCGACCAGAGAGUUAGCGGGACAAAUUCAAAAGGUUCUUCUUGCACUUGGUGACUACAUGAACGUGCAGUGCCAUUCAUGUAUCGGUGGCACAAAUGUGGGCGAGGACAUCAGGAAACUGGACUACGGUCAGCAUGUGGUCUCAGGAACUCCUGGCAGAGUGUUUGAUAUGAUUCGCCGGAGGAGUCUAAGGACCCGCGCCAUUAAGAUGCUGGUUCUGGACGAGGCCGAUGAAAUGCUUAACAAAGGUUUUAAGGAGCAGAUUUAUGAUGUGUACCGAUACCUGCCUCCUGCCACUCAGGUGGUUCUGAUCAGUGCUACCCUACCACAUGAGAUUCUGGAGAUGACCAAUAAGUUCAUGACUGAUCCCAUUCGCAUCCUGGUCAAGCGUGAUGAGUUGACGCUAGAGGGUAUUAAGCAGUUCUUCGUGGCUGUGGAGAGAGAAGAAUGGAAGUUUGACACACUUUGCGACCUCUACGACACACUGACCAUCACGCAAGCGGUCAUCUUCUGCAACACCAAGCGAAAGGUGGACUGGCUGACUGAAAAGAUGAGGGAGGCAAACUUCACCGUCUCCUCUAUGCACGGAGACAUGCCACAGAAAGAGAGAGAGUCCAUCAUGAAAGAAUUCAGAUCUGGAGCCAGCCGAGUGCUGAUCUCUACAGACGUGUGGGCCAGAGGGUUGGACGUGCCACAGGUCUCUCUGAUCAUCAACUACGACCUGCCCAACAACAGAGAGUUGUACAUCCACAGAAUUGGCCGAUCGGGACGUUAUGGUCGCAAGGGUGUGGCGAUCAACUUUGUGAAGAAUGAUGACAUCCGCAUCCUCCGUGAUAUUGAGCAGUACUACUCAACACAGAUUGAUGAAAUGCCAAUGAAUGUGGCUGACCUGAUUUAAGCGGUUACUGUACAUGAGGAGGAUCUGGACGAUUUUAUUUACAUUUUUGGCUUGUUUUUAUUUGUUUUUUUUUAUGUAGAUUUAUCUACCCGGUAUGUUAAAAUGUUGGCAGUUCCCAGUAUGCAAUUACUGUGAGCUUUACUGUGAUGUUUUGUAAAUAAAGAAUCUUUGUUGGAA